AUGGUCGACAUCAUCCCCACGGCAGGUCUUGGGCUGUCAUUCACAGAGACCACGCUUGGCGGCAGCGCGGCAUCUGUCAAGCAGGACGUGAGCUUUGGACGAUUGCUUCUGAGUUGCUCCGGCCCGGCCAAUGACAAAGGAGAGGAGGCAGCUGUGAAGCUGGAAAUUGGAAGCAAUGUUCAGUGGCGGCUGACGCAGGUGAAUCUCCAAGCUGGUGGGCGAAGUCUUCUGCGAAUUGGGGGGCCAGUCUACUUGGGCAGCAUGCUUUCAAUCUCAGGUCCUGAAGGCAUAGUGCAGCUGGAAAAUGCUAGUGUGGCAUCCCUGGUGGUCAAUCUGGGUGGUGGCUACUUGCAUUUGCAUGACGUGGACUUCGACACUGCCAGGUUCACCCUCGCAGAUACGAGCCUGUACCUGCAUGCUGCAGACAGCAUGCCCAGCUUCGACCUGACCGUCAGGUCUGUGUCAGAUGGCGUUGAUGAUGACCUGCUGGUGCAGAGCGAAGCAAAGGCUGACCUCUGCAUGUCCUCUGCAUCGGGCGUGCCUCAAGCAGGCAAUGUGACUCUGCUGAAGAAAGGCACUGCGCAGCAGACAUAUCGAUUCGGGAAUGGCCCUUCCUAUCGCUCUGUGAGCGUGACUCGUGACGUCAAAGCCGCAGACAAUCGCCUGUUUGUGUCACAUGGUGUUGUCCGGUCGGAACGAAGCUGCAACAACACCCUUGACACCCUCAAGGGCCAGCAAGUUGUCCAGCUUGGACCAGGCUUUCAGAAUUGGGCACAGAUGAUGGCAGAUCAGCAGAUAGAAACUCUACGGCUGCAUGUAGUUGGUCCCGCAUUGGGAAACUUUCUGCAAGACAUGAACUCAAGAGGCUCCUGGAUCUACUCGCGCUAUGGCACCACGAUGAUGUGGUUUCCGCUGUUGCUAUUCCCAGUUUUCACGGCUGGGAUUUAUGCUCCCGAAACAGUCCGGCACGCGGCUUUGAUCAAUUCCGGCCUUUGCCUCACUGAGGAGCAGCGUCUUCUGGUGCAGACCUCUGACUGUGCAGACCAGGAACCCACUGCCCAGAGCCUGCGGGUCAUGGCCCUGGAAGACAGCUUGAAAGCUCUGCUGCAAAGCCUUCCAAGCGCUCUGCUGGCUCCCACAGUACCAAACAGCCAAGUUCUGUAUAUUGAGGGCAAGCAAGAGAACAAGACGGAGGUCUUUUUCCCCUCCUUUGCUGAUGGUGUGGUGGAGACUUUCUCAUUGACACGUGGAAAAUACGUUCGGCAGGUGCAAAACAAUCCUUCUUUUCUCCGUGGUUUGCUUGGCUUGCUAUUUCUGAUAGCAAUCUUCUUCUUGGCGAUUAUGGGCGCUGUGUUUGGGUCGCAGGUCUUCUUCAUGAUCUACCACCUUGAGAAGGGAAGGUUCAGAAGAGUGAAGAGCAGGCUGCUGCACAAGAAAUCCAGAGAUGCAGAGAAAACUGACACCGUCCAAGUGCACGAAGGUGCUGAGGAAGCGCAGAAGGUGUUGGAGAUGGAGGCGCAGUCGGCUGGAGCCCUCUCCAUUCUGGAGUACCUCUUCUUUAGAGUGCCGGCUGGCUUCAAGGACCUUGGCUCCAUGGACCUGUGCAAGCUUGUGAUGGUGCAGUUUGUAGCAAUGCAACUUCUGGUGCUGCCAUUUGCGGCCGCUGCUUAUCACCAUUGGCUCUAUGAAGAGGAGAUGGCGAAGCAGCUGUGCUCGUUCACGGACUACCUGCACGGUGAGUGCUUUGUAGUCAACCCUGGCCUUUCUUCGGGUCUUCUCAUCGCUGCCAUCAUAAUGGACGUGCUGCUUUUGAUCAACACGCUCUUCGAGUAUGUCUUGCGAACUGAGCAGGUGAGGUGGGUCACCGGCGCGGCCCCUGCUCGAGGUCGACACCUUGCGCUGUUGAAAGUUGGAAACAGCUGGAUCUAUGUCCUCUUGAUCUGCAGCUCCAUGGUGCUCGGGGUGGCUCUGUGUCUGAGCUACGUUUUGUUGGUUUUGCUCUUCGUGGCCCUGUCUGCACUCCUGAAGCCAGCUGUCAUGGCGCCCGUGCUGGCUAUGUUGGCCAGUGCCUGCUGUGUUUCGCAGCUUGUGACCGUUCAGAUGAAGCAGGUUGUAGUAAAGGCCAAGGCCUGGGUCCAAGAUCUGGUGCACAAAUCCAAGGAGGAGCUGAUUGAGCUGGAAAAAGAGUUUGCCGAUGUCCCUGAUGAGUCGGCCACAAAAGACGACGAGAAACCCGACCAUGGGGAAGCAGACGCCAACAUCAGCCAGGAUCUGAAAGAUAUCGAGGAUCACCUCUUGGUACUCCUUGGACUCAGCCGUGGGCAGUUGCUUCUGCUGCAAGUCGAAGCCGUGCUGGUGUUUCUAGGCGUGGGCGCCUUCCUACUGGUUGGUGUGAUGCUUUUCCUGGGACCAGAUGCCUGGAUCGCACAGCUCAGUGCUAACGCUGCCACGCUUGGAGCGGCCAUAGCAGCCAUCCAGUCGCAGGUGGGAAAGGUGAAGGACCGCGAUUUUGCCAAGAUGCAGAAAAUCUUGGAGGAAGCGGCGGCAGGACUGAAGAAGGACAAGAAGAAGACUCAAUGA